CCGCCCGCCGCCGCCGCCGCCGCCGCCGCCUCUCGCCUUCCACACUCCGCUGCCUUGUCUUGCCUGCCACUGCCUUGUGUUCACCUUGCUCACCUGAGCUGUCACCUAAGGUAAUUAUCGGGCAGGUCUGGAUCGCUUACCUGCAUCCGUAAUUAUUGCCCUGCCUGCUUACCACACGGCGGCACCCAGGCAUCUUCAACCAACAACGGCCAAGCGCUCCCGCUGCAUUUCCACCCGCCGUGCCGCCCCCGGUCAGCCCAGCAUCCAAACAUCCAAGCAUUCAACCCGCCGUUCAACAUCAUCCAACCAACCCUUCCUUUCCCCCAAUCCAACUCUCCAUCUCAAUCCAAAAUCUCAAUCCCACUAUUUUCCCACCCCACACCCUGUUCCAUCUCCUCUUCUCUUUGCCUGCCUUGCUUCUGCUGUUGCAUCGACACUCGCAGCUUUCAAGCCGCACCCGUUCCUUGCUUUAUUUUCUGGAUGCGACACAACUAAGACAACAUUCUACACCUACCAUUGCAUCACCGCCAAUAAGUAACCACGCCCAUCAAAGGAACCCUAGCCGCCUUGCAUCACGUCGCCCAAAGACUACCCUGGAUAUCAGUCCGCACAUAGUCUCACUUGCCUCUCUCUCCCGCCGCAUACUCUCGACCAAGAAGACGACGACCACUACCACCACGAAGCAUUCCAGAGAAGCCAAUCGACCGUAGUCCACCCCGCGACCGAGCACGAACCCCUUCUGCCCCUCGCCCGCAUGGCCCGCGACUGCGCAUACCUUUCCAUUAGAGAAGAGCCGUAGAGACCGAGUCCUGCGCGACAUCUCCAUAACCUCCCGAACUACACACACUCGCCAGUCAUGUCUGCCUUUACCUCACAACAGCCCGACGAAGGCUACUCCGAAGACCCUCUGAACCCUAGCUUCAGCGGCACCCAGGAUGUCUCGGCUUCGCGUCCACCUGCAGACCUGCCCGCCUGGCUUGCCCAGCAUCUCCCCGGCCUGUCCACCUCUGAAAAGACUGAGCUUGCUAUAGCACUCCUCGACCAGCUACCCACAUCGACCAUCGUCGAAAUCGUCGAGCGUCUACACCCUCGCAUGUACAUCAACUUCGUUCACUACUUGCCGACAGAAGUCUGCCUGAAGAUUCUCGGAUACCUCGAUCCUCUCUCUCUCAUCCACGUCGCCAAGGCUUGCCACGCCUGGCACGAACUGGCCCUCGACCGCAAGCUAUGGGAAAAGCUGUACAACAUGGAGGGCUGGAAGGCCAUCUACUCGGAAGUCAACAAGUGGGAAGAAGACGCGAACAAACCCCAGAACCAAUCUCCCAGCUCUCUCCACAGGGUUCGAUCAUGCGAGGACGGCCACACGCACAAGAAGCGCGCGAUAUCCGAAGACAACGAUCUCGAGAUGACGGACGCCGGGGCUUCGGUCACCAGGGAAGAUUCGAUGAACUCAAUCAUGGGUAACAGCAUCUUUGGCAGCCCUGCCUCGUCAUUCGGCUUCUCUCGGAAUUCAGCUACGCCGCAACAUGGAGAUAUGGAUCUAGACAGGUCGGCUUCGGGGUCCACACGUCGAAGUACGGAGAGAAAUUUCGGCGUCGACACCAAGGGCAAGGGUAAAGCAUCGCCUAUGCUACGGGCCGCUCUUGUCAAGGAAGACUCGCUGCCGCCCAUGAUGUCCACCGACGCUCUCGGCAGAAUCUCGCGGUCGUCACUAUGGUCCUGGGACGCACCUAGCCGACGGUACAGGCUCGACUGGAAGUAUCUAUAUACGAUGCGCUACCGCCUGGAGCAAAACUGGGAGCUGGGCAAGUUCACCAACUUCCAGCUGCCCCACCCGGAUCACCCGCAAGAAGGCCACCAAGAGUGCAUAUACAGUCUGCAAUUCGACAGCGAAUACCUCGUCAGCGGUAGUCGUGACAAGACCCUUCGUAUCUGGAGUCUGCACACCCAGCGAUUGUUGAGGCCGCCCCUGGAAGGCCAUACUGGAUCUGUUCUCUGCUUGCAGUUCGAUGCGGACAAGGACGAAGAUUUGAUCGUCUCUGGAAGCAGUGACUCCAACGUCAUUCUGUGGAAGUUUUCAACAGGACAGAUGAUUCAAAGGCUCAAGAAUGCUCACUCCGAGUCGGUUCUCAACAUCAAAUUCGACAAAAGGAUUCUGGUCACAUGCUCAAAGGACAAGACUAUCAAGAUUUUCAACCGCCGACCGCUCAAAUACGGUGAUCCGGGCUACGGUGACGGCGAUGUCGUCUUCAACGCCCCGAAACGCGUCAGAGACUACGGAUACGGCAACCCCAUGGACGACCUGCCUCUCAAGCCUGCGUAUAGCCUUAUUGGUUCUCUGGACGGACAUGGAGCGGCUGUCAACGCCGUUCAAAUCCAUGGCAACGAAGUGGUGUCAGCCAGCGGUGACAGAAACAUCAAGGUCUGGGACUGGACAAAGCAGGUCUGUAUCCGGACAGUCGUUGGCCAUAGUAAGGGCAUUGCCUGCGUGCAGUACGACGGUCGGAGGAUUGUUAGCGGCAGCAGCGACAACGAGGUCAAGGUGUUUGACAGGUUCACGGGUCUCGAAGUCGCCAGUCUGCGCGCGCACACGAACCUUGUGCGAACGGUCCAGGCUGGUUUCGGCGAUCUUCCUUACAGCGCUGAAGAGGAUAAGGCUGAGGCCAAGAGGAUUGACGAGAUGUACUUUAAGGCGGUAGCUGAUGGAGUCGUCAGCCCCUUUAGCGAUCAUGGCAGUCGCCGUGGUCGUGCCCAGGCCCGUAACGCGGGUAGUCAACGACCGGAGGACAUUACGGCGUACGGUGCCAUUCUUCCUCCCGGCGGCGGUGGCGGCAAAUACGCUCGCAUCGUGUCUGGCUCCUACGACCAGAGUAUCAUCAUCUGGCGCCGUGAUAAGGAGGGCGUUUGGAAGGACACGCAACACCUGCGUCAGGAAGAGGGAGCUGCGGCAGCCCAAAGUCAAGCUCAAGCUGCGGCGAGAGCGGCUUCGCAGCUCACCGCACAAGAGAUGCUGGCAAACUUGGAGUCAGCCUCCUCGUCCACGGCGCGCGGCACUCGGGGAUCUUCUCCCAGGACAACCGUCGACAGUCCCAUUAUUGCCACCAUCACACCCGAUUCGGCACAGGCUUUUAUGAACCUGAUUGAUGCGGUUGUGCCUCGGGGACCGACGCAGCUGCGCCAGGCUUUGCAUCACUACCCGACGAUGCUGGUGUACAAUUCACAUAUUCAGGCUGCCAUUAGCAGAGACCCAAACCCGCGCAUCAGAGCCGACCUCCGCAAUGUACUCAAUGCUGCCCUUUUGGAGACGCAACUCAACCAGUCGCGCCGUCUUAUGGCGAACCGCGAGGCGCAAACAAUUGAUCCGCCAUCGCUGCCACCCUUGAAUGGAUUCGCUCCGUCGUCAAGCACACAGGUCCAGCAGCCGAAUCUUGCCAGAUUUCAUAUGGAAGUUCUGCGCCAGCGACAGGCUCAAGAACAAGAAGCUGCUGCCGCCGCCGCCGCCGCCGCUACACCCGCCGCCGGACCUGCGACGCCCCAGGUGCAAGGACAUUUACACAUCCAGGGACAAGCUCAGAAUCAAGCACAGCCGACGCAGCCCGGAGCACCCGUUCAGACUCAGGCGACGCCGGUGCCGGUACAAGGUGCGCAAAACCCUGUGCCGGACGCGGCACACCACCCGCACAUUGCCAACGGCGACAACGGCCCAGCGAGGGUGUUCAAGUUGCAAUACGAUGCCCGCAGGAUCAUUUGUUGUAGUCAGACGAGUGUCAUUGUGGGCUGGGACUUUUGCAACAACGAUUCGGAGUUGGAGGAGGUUGCGCGGUUCUUUGGGACGGUGGAGUAGAGGUGGACGACGUAGCGUGUUGGAAUAGCAGUAGUAGUAGCAGCAUCUCACUGGCAUAGCGAAUCGUAUCGGCAGAGGGAGGACUCAUUGGUUUUACUUUCGGGAAGAAGAGGAG